AUGUGCCGGCACUGCCUCCGCAACACCACCUUGCUGCGCCCGCGCACCCAGUUUCCCCCUCGUCCUAUUCGACUCCAGCCCGGGACGAGGCCUCUCGAGGUGCUGGUGGUGCGCCGCGCCGCCUCGACCUCGACCUCGACCUCGACGAACAGUAGCGGCAAACCCAUUGUGCUCGAGCAGCCCGACAAAUUCCGCCCGCCCUCGCAUCCCGCGCGACUGGGUCGUGCGCGGCGGCCGACGCCCGGCGGCGGGGGCGCGUACAAUCAGGGGACGACCGCGGAGGAGAGGGAGAGGCAGAAGAGCAGGUCGUAUCCGCACAUGUUUCCCAACAAAGGCACGUUUAUGCAUUGGUUCUUGACGGACCGGUGGAUUCAUCUUUGGAUUACCAUGGGCACCCUCACGAUCCUCGCCUUCAUCACCUUCACACAAUCAUUCAUGCGAACGUCGCCCUACGCGCACCUGAUCCCUCCGAUAUCCUCGCUCCCGCUGCACCCAAUCACGUACAUCCGCGAAACGCUCUCCGUGCUCCGCCUGCACAUCGACUACGAGACGGCCAAGACGAACGAGUCGCGCCAGCAGAAGAUUCUGGACGCACAGAAGCGCAGGCUGUACCGGCGCGCGCACGGGCUGGAGGAUCUCAACGCGGACGAGGACCAGGGGAUUGAUGUGAGGGGUCUGGUCCCUUGGGAUGAUGGGUUGACGGCCAAGGAAAGGGCGCAGGGCGGGAGGGAGAUGGUGCUCACGGGACGGGAUAUGGUUGCGCUGGGGGGCGCGGUGCCCGGUAGCACCAGCGGGACACAGGGGGAUGUGGACGAGUUCGCGCGCAGGUUGGAGACGGAGCAGAAAGAGAGGGUCAAGUUGAUCAGGGAGAAGGGCGUCGAUGCCGUCGUCAGGGCCGAGGCAGAGGCACAAGCUAGAGGGAUGAGUCUCCAGGAUGCACUCCGUCAACAGGAAAUGCAGGUUCCAGAGGUGGAGGAUCAGGACCCUCAGCAGCAGCCGCCGCCGCCGCAGCAGAAGCGGAAGAGGAAGCUGUGGUUUGGAAUCUGGUGA